UUACCACAGUCCCAGAGUUACUCAUUGCACUUGAUGGAGCACAAUGCCGGUGGAAGCAGAGAAGCUGGAGCUCGAAGAACUGGACAAAACCUUGCUAAACAAAGUCAAACCAAAACCUCAGAGCAAAUACGAAAAAAUAUUCCAGCCAUGCGUUGCUGAGCUGGUGGGCACGACAUUUUUUGUCUUCAUUGGCUGCGUGUCUGUUAUUGAAAAUGUGGAAGCAGCUGGAAGACUGCAGCCAGCACUUGUGCACGGGCUGGCAGUUGCUGUGCUGGUGGCGUGUAUGGCGGAAAUCAGCGGAUCACAUUUCAACCCUCCGUUCACCAUCGCAAUCUGGCUAUGUGGAGGAAUGCAACUGACGAUGGUUGUCCCGUAUCUUAUCAGUCAGCUUAUCGGAGGUGUACUAGGAGCUGCAAUGUCAAAGGUUAUGACGUCAGACGAGAACUACGCGAAUGCUACUGGAGCUGCCUUUGCUGUUCUGAAAUCAGAUGAGCAGCUGGGGAAAGUGGUGUUUGCUGAAAUGGCCAUGACGUGUCUGGUGACUCUGGUGGUUCUGAUGGGGGCUGUUAAUGGAAAGAGCAAAAACCCAAUGGUGCCCUUCAUGGUGGGCUGCACCGUUAUUGUCAAUAUUCUAGCAGGAGGAGAUGUUUCUGGAACCUGUUUGAACCCUGUGAGAGCUUUCGGACCUGCACUGAUGGCAAACCACUGGGCUUAUCACUGGGUUUAUUGGGUUGGUCCGUUAGGAGGAGGUCUGGUGGCUGCUGCUCUCAUGAGGCUUCUGCUUGGAGAUGAGAAGCUACGGGUUGUACUGAAAUGAAACUGGAGCAUGACAUCUGCAUGUUAAAACCUUUCAACUCAUGACAUCAUCCUUAUUUCUAAGUAGAGUGUAGGAAUUUAUAAUAUCUAUUGUGUUUAGUACUGUGAGUCAGCAUACUUGACUUUUAUUAUAAAUGGAGAAUUUUUUUAAUGUUUUUUUUUCCAGCAGAUGCUAGCAUAAAACGAAAUGACAUAAAAUAGUUAGCUUUUUUCAUGCUGUUGUUUAGAAUUUACUUGAAAUAAACCUUAUUUGAUAUUUUUAUAUUAUCAGGGUGGUAUUACUAUAUCUCUGUUAUCUUUAUCAGAAUCAGAAUCAGAAUCAGAAAGAGCUUUAUAGCCAGGUAUGUUCACACAUACGAGGAAUUUGUUUUCGUGACAGAGCUUCUACAGUGCAACAGGAUUACAGAGACAGGACAAAAAACAGAUAAUAAAUAUAUUUUAAAAAAUAGAAGUAAGUAGUGAGUGCAAAUAUACAGAUUGACAAGUGUAUGAACAUAUUUAUUACUAUAUACAACGUUAUAUGAGCAGCCGUUAUGUGCAAAUUGGCAUGUAAAGUGUGUUGUUAAAUAAGUGUAUAUGUGUAUAAAAGCGUAUGGCAAGUA